AAUGAAUAAAAAGAAGUACUUCCGGCCUCUCCCACUUCGGAACGGACCCAGUCAGAGCUCUACUACGGAUAGCCCGUUGAGUCAAACCACUGUUAACCCUUAGCGAUCGGCGAUUUCGGCAGUCAGACAUUCUUCCGAUGGCAAGAUAAUGGCGAGUAUGGGGUCGCUAUUUAAGGCAAAGAAAAAAACUGCUUCAUUUGUCGAUCGGCGUUGAAGUUUGCCGAUGGUCUUACGGACAGUUUGAUGAACAGACGAUGCCGCGGCAGAGAACGGUUCAGGUGGCGAUUUCAAGGAGACUGCUGUGAUGCUACGUAGGCAACUGGAAGAAAAGCGCUUUUAUACUAUGAUAGAGUGUGUGUGUGAGCCCGGUUUAUCUUGAGACAUAGGAGUCCUAGCUACCUAUCUGUUUUUGUUGUUUUAUUCUUUUAAUUUUUUUUUAAUUUGUGUUUAUUGGUUAUCUUUUAAAACGCGCUUACUUUAGGAUACAGCGAGGAUACACAGUGUGCCGGUGAAGUUUUGGGGAAUGGCAGGUCGAAGCCGAAGAGCAUGGUUUAGUGUUCUGUUGGGACUGGUUGUCGGGUUCACUCUGGCUUCCAGACUCAUCUUACCCAAGGCAACCGAGUUGAAGAAAGCUGGACAAAAACGAAAGGCAAACCCUGCCGGCUGUGGAAUAAACGGGGGUCACAGAAAGGAAUACGGCGGAGUACUAUGGCCACCGCAAGAUAACGGUUCACCAGCGACCGAGAAACCUGGCUCCAGAUCCAAUAAUUUCAUGUUCGUUGGUGUCAUGACUGCCCAGAAGUACCUGAAUAGCCGAGCCGUAGCGGCACAUAGGACGUGGGCACAGACAAUUCCAGGUCGUGUGGAGUUCUUCUCCAGCGAGGGCUCGGACACCUCCAUACCCAUUCCCAUAGUGGCUCUGAGGAAUGUGGAUGACUCGUACCCACCGCAGAAAAAGUCCUUCAUGAUGCUCAAGUACAUGCAUGACCAUUACCUAGACAAGUAUGAGUGGUUUAUGAGGGCCGAUGAUGAUGUCUACAUCAAGAGUGACAGGCUAGAGAGCUUCCUGCGCAGCCUCAACAGUAGCGAGGCCAUCUUCCUUGGUCAAACCGGCAUGGGAGCCCGGGACGAGCUGGGGAAACUGGCCCUGGAGCCUGGGGAAAACUUCUGCAUGGGGGGCCCGGGGGUUAUCAUGAGCCGCGAAGUCCUCAAGAGGAUGGUGCCCCACAUUCGAGAGUGUUUACAGGAGAUGUACACCACCCAUGAGGAUGUGGAGGUGGGCCGGUGUGUCAGGAGGUUUGCCGGGGUCCAGUGUGUCUGGUCCUAUGAGAUGCAGCAGCUCUUCUAUGAGAACUAUGAACCAAAUAAGAAGGGCUACAUACGAGAUCUCCACAACAGCAAGAUCCAUCGAGCCAUCACUCUCCACCCAAACAAGAACCCUCCUUACCAGUAUCGCCUACACAGCUACAUGCUCAGCCGGAAAAUCGCAGACCUGCGCCACCGAACCAUUCAGCUCCACCGGGAGAUUGUUCAGAUGGGGCGCUACGGAGCAAAUGAGCCGAGUCGAGAGGAUCUCCAGCUUGGCAUGCCGCCUUCAUUUAUGCGCUUCCACCCACGACAGAGUGAGGAGGUCCUGGAGUGGGAGUUCCUGACAGGGAAGUACUUGUUUUCAUCGUCUGACAGUCAGCCACCCCGCCGCGGGAUGGAUUCCUCCCAGAGACAAGCCCUGGAUGAUAUCAUCAUGCAAGUGAUGGAGAUGAUCAACGCCAAUGCCAAGACACGGGGACGGGUCAUUGACUUCAAAGAAAUUCAGUAUGGCUACCGAAGAAUCAAUCCUUUAUACGGGGCAGAGUAUGUGCUGGAUCUGCUGCUGCUGUACAAAAAGCACAAAGGAAAGACUAUGACAGUUCCUGUGAGGAGGCAUGCCUACCUGCAGCAGACCUUUAGCCAGAUACAGUUCAGAGAGGAGGGGGAGAUGGAUGCCAGAGCGCUGGCCAGCCACAUAAACAAGGAUUCAGACUCUCUCUCAUUUCUGUCCAACUCCCUUAAGAUGCUGGUGCCCUUCAAAUUGGCCACCUCUGGCCAGGACCAAAGGGAACCGAAAGAGAAGAAAGUCAACAUCUUGGUACCUCUGUCGGGACGCUAUGACAUCUUUUUGCGUUUCAUGGCCAAUUUUGAACGAGUCUGUCUGAUCCCCAACCAGAACGUCAAGCUGCUGAUUCUGCUUUUCAGCACAGACAACAACACAGAGCGGGUCAAGCAGGUGGAGCUGAUGAGAGAGUAUCACCUGAAGUAUCCCCGGGCUGAGAUGGAGAUAAAGCCUGUCACCGGCUCCUUCUCCAGGGCUCUGGCUUUGGAAGUGGGUUCCUUGCACUUCUCUAAUGAUUCACUGCUCUUCUACUGUGACGUAGAUCUGCUCUUCACCAGUGACUUUCUCAAGCGUUGUCGGACCAAUACAGCCCUGGGGGAGCAAACCUACUUCCCCAUCAUCUUCAGCCAGUAUGACCCAAAGGUGGUGUAUGCUGGGAAGGUUCCUAGUAACAACCACUACGUCUUUACCUCCAAGACAGGCCUAUGGAGAAACUACGGCUUUGGGAUUGUCUGUGUUUACAAGGGAGACUUGGUUCGAGCAGGAGGCUUUGAUACCUCUAUACAGGGGUGGGGAUUGGAGGAUGUGGACCUUUUUAAUAAAUUUGUCCAGUUGGGGAUCAAGUUGUUCAGAAGCACAGACACAGGGAUAGUGCAUGUUCACCACCCCGUCAUAUGUGACCCCAAUCUGGAGGCAAAGCAAUAUAAGAUGUGCCUGGGCUCCAAAGCCUCGUCACAUGGCUCCACCCAGCAGCUGGCUGAGCUCUGGCUGGAGAAGAAUGACCAUGGCUUCAGAAGACUGACCAGCAAUAACGUCUCAGUUAGGACAGCGUGAGAAAAGCUGGGCUGCAGACUGUCAUAAACUAAAAACUGAACCUGGUCUGUGCUCACUGCGUGGUGUUUUCACUACCUAAUUUAUUUUUUACUGAAAUAAAAGACUUCACAUGGAUAUAUUUUAAAAAUAUGUCUUCUUCUUUUUUUAAAU